AUGAACAUCCUAGAAAAGUGGGAGAACAGGUUUCUGUUUGUUCCUAAGAUUCUCCAAAUGGUCGUCUGUCUCCAAUACUACACGCUUCACAACCUGAGACACCUUUUUGCAACAGACUUCUUCAAGAUAUCCAUAGCACAAUAUGGGGAGUUCAAUGCCUACAUCCAAUGCGUCACAUUCUUCAGCAACAUCUACGUGGGGCUGCUUGCAGACCGUUACGGUAAGCACAAGCAGUUUCUGGUUUCGUUGCUCUUUGCAACCUGUGGAAUAUUCUCAGUAUUCUUUCUGAAUGGAAUGGUCAAAUUUGGAGCAUUUAUGUUUUGGACUGUCUUGUACGUCUACCAGACAUUCAACCUACAAAAGCAGCCACUUCUGGAUACGAUCAUCUUCGACUACCUGGCUGAGAGACCUGAUUGCACGCCUGAAGUCUACGGAAGACAGCGAAUGUGGGGAACUGUGGCCUAUACAAUGGCAACAUUCAUAGUGGAGAAUAUGGUGACAUCUCAUCAGGCAGGAAAACCAGUUUACAACUGGAACAACCUGUUGAUCUAUUCACUGGUGUUCACUGGAAUAUCCACGCUUUCAUUAAUCUUUCUGGUUAAGUCAAGUGGGAAAGUCAAGGCACACAAAUCAACAACUGGAUACCUGACACUCAUGAAGAACAAGGACUACGCCUUCUUCAUCUUCAUCAUGUUCAUGAAUGCGGUGACAAGACAGGCCAUGUCGAACUAUUUGGGCAACUUCCAGGCACGGGUGCUGCAGAUUAGGCCAUAUUCCCUGCCUAACGCGUGGCCUGGGUGGCUUAAGCCACUAGUGGGCCUAUUCAACAACAACUACAUCUCGACCAUAUCGAUAUUUGGAACAUUCUUCGAGAUAAUGGCCAUGUGUUUCUCUGAGCGCAUCAUCUACUACCUGGGAUACUUCAAGCCUCUUCUUCUGGCGCAAUUGAUGAGUUUGAUACGCUUUUAUGCAUAUUAUUCAAUGGACAAAAAUGGUAAGCACGUUUUCGCAUUCUCAUGCCUAGUGGAACUAAUCAAGGGCAUCUAUUUCGGACUGGCUCAUAUUUCUGGAUUCGUCAUUGCAGCACGCUUGGCACCACCGUAUCUCGCAGCAACGAGUCAGAUGAUAUUCCAGGGCGUAUUCAACGCACUUGGAUCAAUCGUAAGUGGAAAGGCAUUUUCGUAUGCAUUUGGAAGCAACCUGAAGAAAUCAGGAGACUCGGCCUCCAAGGAGGAGAUUGCGGCAUUCGAGUUGCUGUUUCUGGUCAAUAUUGCCAUUAGCAUGUGCACAAUUCUGAUAUUCGUGAUAAAAUAUGGAGUAAUCGAUGGAGUACUAACAAAUCGGGCGAAGGAACAGGAGAAACUGACGUACAACGAAGCAGACUGGGAAACACCAGAAGAGAACACUAGGCAUCUGAUAGAUCAGAAUGCAUAG